AUGUGCUCCCCCUUACAGAUGGAGACACUGAGACGCCCGGCUUUCCCUGCUGACCGUGCCCUUCCCCUCCUUGCAGGAGGCUUCGACGGCUUCCAGGGCUGCUGUCCCGAUCUGUGCUCUGAGGCCCCCGCCCCUGCGCUGCCGCCGCCGGCAGGGAGCAAAACCAGCUGCUCCGACCCGAGGGCUCCCAUCUACGACCAGGGUGGCCCUGUGGAGAUCUUGCCCUACCUGUUCCUGGGCAGCUGCAGCCAUUCGUCAGACCUGCAGGGGCUGCAGGCGUGUGGCAUCACCGCCGUCCUCAACGUGUCCGCCAGCUGCCCCAACCACUUUGAGGGCCUUUUCCGCUACAAGAGUAUCCCUGUGGAGGACAACCAGAUGGUGGAGAUCAGCGCCUGGUUCCAGGAGGCCAUAGGCUUCAUUGACUGGGUGAAGAACAGCGGAGGCCGGGUGCUGGUGCACUGCCAGGCCGGCAUCUCGCGCUCGGCCACCAUCUGCCUGGCCUACCUCAUGCAGAGUCGCCGUGUGCGGCUGGACGAGGCCUUUGACUUCGUUAAGCAGCGUCGGGGGAUCAUCUCCCCCAACUUCAGUUUCAUGGGGCAGCUGCUGCAGUUUGAGACCCAGGUGCUGUGUCACUGAGGUGGUGCCCUUCUGCCUGCCCCCCUCACUGUGCUGGCAGGAGCUGACUGUGGACUGGUGGGUUCCUCUCUGGGCCGGCACAGUCCCCUCACCUCUGGGAGGGCUGCUACCUCCUCACAGUUUGAGAAGCCCCGUGGGGGGCUCUAGCAAUGCCGGCAUGCUGGCCUUUCUGACCUGGUGCUCUUCUGCCGGGGGACUGAGGCUGGCCCUCAUUCGGGGUCGGGAACCGAGGGUGUGUCUGCUCUUUCCCAUCCCAUCCUCUGGCGGAAAUCAACUGGACUCUAUACUGUGGACUCUCCCUGGUCCACCAUCAUGUUGAAGCCCUUGGCAGCCUGAGAGCUCCAAGGAACAAGCUGUGACAACCAGGAGCCCUGUCCGUGGGUUGGUCCGCCCCGGGCCUGGAGCCCAAGCCCUGUGUUCCUGGGGAAGCUGGGGACUUGGGAAGUGAUGGGUGUGUUGUGCUGUGUGUGUCAGUCUGUGAGCCUUUCACGCCUGUGCUGGCGUUGGAAAGUUAUUUGUGCUCAGCUGACGUUUAACACUCCCUCCCCCGCUUCCUCCUCGCCCUGUGGGCAAGGAUUGGAAACUUAGCACUUUAUAUUUAUACAGAUCAUUCAGGAUGUGUCAAUAAAAUAUUGUUUUGUUUAAAAAACAACAA